GGGGGGAAGAGAAGAAGAAGCCGAAGCGGCGGAAGGAGAAGCGGAAGGCCGGGCAAACUAGGCCGCAACGAAGCCGGGGACUCGCGUAGCCGCCGCCGCCGCCGCCAUGAGCUAGCGCGCCCGCCCCGAUGUGGCUGCAGCAGCGGCUGAAGGGCCUGCCGGGGCUGCUGUCCAGCAGCUGGGCGCGGCGCCUGCUGGCCCUGCUGGCUUUCCUGCUGGCCGCCUCCUGGUACUUGGGAGGCGCCUGGCCUGGCCUCCUGCUCCGCCUGAGGCCCGGGGGAGCCUCGGGAGGAGCUGCGGGGCUUUGCCUGCAGGCCGAAACCCGGGCUUGGAGGAAAGGAGAAGCCCGGCUGCUGGGGGAAGGCCCUGGCCAGGGUCCCCCGGGGCUGGUGGGCAACGGGCACCUGCUGCUGGAUGCCCAGGCCAACCGCCUUUGGGUGGCCCCCAAGGGGGGCCCGGCUUGGCCCACCGACUACGGACCCUUGGCCCAGCUGCGGGGUCCAGCCGGGGCCGAGAACGAGGCGUCGGCGUCCGCUUUGCUGCCCAAGGAAGGAACCUGGCGGAAAGUCCGUUGCAUCCAGUCCGGGAUUUCCGCCGGGUCAUGCGUGACCGUCCGAGAGGAGCUGCUGGCCCACCGUGGACGUCCCCACCUCUACUUGCAACGCUUGUCAGUGGACAACCCCACCGACCGUCUGGUGGCAUUAGAAGUGACCGGUCCGGCUUCAUCGUCGUCGUCGUCCUCUUCUUCUUCUUUCUCCGGCCGUUCUUUCGCCACCAGUUUAGAGAAAGCGGGCGACCGUCAGUUCUUCCUGUCAUCGGGCCGGGCAUUGCAACCUGCCGGAGAGAAGUUGGUGUUGGUCGUGGUAGCGGCUAAGAAGCUGGUCAGCCGGGUGCAGGUGGCACCCAAGUCACGCUUCGAGGAGACGUUGGUGUCGGUGGUGCUGAGCUCGGAGCCCAUCGAGGCCGCCCAGCUGGACGAGACCUUCGGGCGUCUGCGGGAAGCGGCCAAGAGGGAGAUGAUGGAGGUGCUGCCCUUGCGGACCGAGGAGCUGGUCCAGGAACACCGGCGGGCGUGGGACGAACUCUUCAUCUCAGGUGUGGAAAUGCGCAAGAUCACCGACGCUCACACCCCCUCCAGCGACACCGUCAAUCUGACGCUCUACUUCGUCCUGUCCACCACCCCGGCUCCCCUCCUGGACCCCCACCACAGCCCCGAAGAGAAGGAGAAAAUGGAAGCCACUCUGAACUAUGCCGACCACUGCUUCAGCGGCCACGCCACCAUGCACGCCGAGAACCUGUGGCCCGGGCAGCUGUCGACCGUCCUCCAGGUCUUGCAGCUUUCCAACCUGUGGAAGCUGACGUUGCAGAAACGCGGUUGCAAAGGGCUGGUGGCCGCCGGGGCCCACGGCCUCAUGCAAGGGAUGGUGCUCAGCUUCGGCGGGCUGCAGUUCACCGAAAACCACCUGCAGUUCCAAUCCGACCCGGAAGUCCUUCAGAACAGCUACGCCUUGCGGGGGAUCCAUUACAACAAGGACCUGAUCAACCUCGCGGUGUUGCUGGACGCCGACGGCAAGCCCUUCCUGCACGUCUCCGUCAAGUUCCAGGACAAGCCGGUGAAGCUGUACGCCUGCGAGGGCGGCUGCUCCAACGACCCCGUGGAGCUGACCUCCCAGGUGCACGGCCACACCUUCCCCGUCAUGGUGACCCAGCCCAUCACGCCUCUGCUGUACAUCUCCACCGAUCUGGUGCACCUGCAGGACCUCCGCCACACCCUUCACCUCAAGGCCAUCUUGGCUCACGAAGAGCACAUGGCCAAGCGGUACCCGGGCCUCCCCUUCCUCUUCUGGUUCAGCGUGGCCUCUCUCAUCACCCUCUUCCAUCUCUUCCUCUUCAAGCUCAUUUACAACGAGUACUGCGGGCCCGGGGCCAAACCUCUCUUCCGGAGCAAGGUCUAGGGACGGCUGAAGUAGGGCCCCAGCUUCCUGGGAUGGAGGAGUGGGGGGCUCGGUUUCUUCUCCCUGACAUCAGCCCUGGACACCGGGGAGACCUGUAGGAGCCGAGAGCAUCUUCGGAAGAAGGCAGCCUUUCUGCAUUGUGUGUAUGUGUGUGUGUGUUUGCACACCUGUGGGCCCCCGUCUCUACUUAACAUGUUUGCCUUUAUGGAAGAUGGAGCUCUCGAAGGAGGGAGUGUUGUGGGGUACGGGGGAGAGACUGACGAAGAGGCGGGUUUAAAAAUAAAGGUUCUUCUCCCAAAUGAUUCGGGGUUCUGUAAAUUGUAGUCAUCUCGGGUCUGUCGGGGUGCUUGCUCCCCAAAAGGGUUGAUGGGGAAGCCUGGUUUAGGGGGUGCUGGGGCUGGCGCACCCCAAGGGUUAAGCAGUGUGUUCCCUCACUUGGACGAGUACCCCCGAAAUGAACCAGGAUGAAGGCGUGGGGGGGGGAUGCUUCCGGGGAGGGUUGGGAAGCUUGUCACGAGCGAUCUGACGGGACCCCAAAAUGCAGUUUUAUGCGGAGUAAAAAUCAAACCUUAGCUGGCAUCUAUCUCUCUCCCUCUCUCUCUCUCUCUCCCUUCCUCCUCUCUUUCCCCCUCCUUCCCCUCCCCCUCCCUCUCUCUCCCCUCCCUCCCUCUCCCUCCCCCUCUCUCUCCCCCUCCCUCUCUCUCUCCCUCCCUCUCUCUUCCCUCCCUCCCUCUGCCUCCGUCUCUCUCCCCCUCCUUUCUCUCUUUCCCGCUCCCUCUCUCUCCCCCUCCCUCUCUCCCUCCCUCUCUCCCUCCAGUAUAUCUAGGCUUAGCUAUUCAGCUGAAGAGCAGAGAUGGGGGAAGCGCAAAGAUUACCCAGCCCAACUGGAAUGGACGCAGGGACAGAAUUCUGGGCCUUUGGUCACAGGUGGGGGAACGGCCUCCCCUCUGACCUGAAAAAAAAAAAAAGUUUUAAAAACAGGGCAGGGAGUCCGUCGGAGCUGCUUUACGCUAAAACUUUGGCAAAUGAGAGCAGCGUGGACAUUUUGUGGGAAAGAGACCCCCUGGUCUAUAUAAUGCGUGCAUAUUUACUGGAAUCCGUUUUUUUUCCCCUGGUUCCUUUUGGCUUUUCCCCUCCCUUAAAUUUGGCUGCUGCCUAUUCAGUUAUUCAGAAUAUAUAUAUAUAAAUCUUGCGGGCUCCUGGAUUGGAGCUGAAAGGCAAAAGGGAUGCAGUAUGAUCCCUCCCACAUGCUGGGGUAGACCAGGUGCCUCGAUAGAAAAUCACUUUAUAUAUGUGUGUGUGUGUGUGUGUGUGUGUCUUUGGUUAUUCGGGUUUUCUCCUGUGUAAAAUUGGAGGUGUCUUGGCAACGUUUCGACGAAGUCUCAUUCGUCAUCUUCAGGCUGGGGUUUUUGGCUUCGUGCUUCUAGGAGCAAUGUUGCUCCUAGAAGCACGAAGAAGCUCCUAGUUGCUCACAUUGCUCCUAGAAGCACGAAGAAGCUCCUAGUUGCUCACAUUGCUCCUAGAAGCACGAAGCCGAAAACACCAGCCUGAAGAUGACGAAUGAGACUUUGUCGAAACGUUGCCAAGACACCUUCAAUUUUACGCGGGAGAAAACCCGACUAACCAAAGACCUACAUACAAACACCUACGAAAACCUCAGAAAAGAAAUAUAAUUUUUUUUUUUAAGAGGGACUGACGGGCUACACAACCCCUCUUGAAAUCUUCCCCCUUCCUUGUCAAUGUCAGGGAAUUAUUAGAAAUAAGCACCACAGAUAACUCUUAAGAUACUCAUUCCUCGCCCCCCCCCUUUGUAUUCCUAAACUUUCUGUGGAAUUGGAGAGCAAUUUGCUCUCAUCCUUAAAGCAAUUCAAGAGAUCCUUGCCUGCGGAAUGGGUGUGUGUGUGUGUUUGUGUGCGUUUGCAGGUGCCUUUUUCAAAGACGGCCUAGCAAAAAGCAAAAGGAAGACAAAGACUGGUCAAGAAAAACACUCCAGAAUCAGUUGCUGUUUUGAGCAAAUAAAAUGACUCUCGCCUGCAAUCUCGGGUCUUUCUAUCUAAGACGAGCCUUCCCUAGAGAGGGGGAAAAGCCCCAUUUUUGUGUGUGUGUGUCUCUGCACAUUUGCGGCGGCCCCUGAGUGUCCUAGCUUUGUCUCUACAUCAGGGGGUCUCUCACCUUGGCAACUUUCAGACUUGUGGACUUCAAUUCCCAGAAUUCCUCGGCCAGCUUUGCUGGCUGAGGAAUUCUGGGAGUUGAAGUCCACAAGCAAAGCUGGCCGAGGAAUUCUGGGAGUUGAAGUCCACAAGUCUGAAAGUUGCCAAGGUGAGAGACCCCUGCUCUACAUCCCCCCCGACCCCAAAGACCCCCCCUCCCCACCGCUUCUUAAUUCCGUUGGCUUUCAUUACCGAUUUUGUUCUUCGUUGGGGAAAAAAAAAAUACUUGAAAAAAAAACAAAACCGUGCAUUAAAGAUUUUUUUAACGUUGAUGGGAAGUGAUAAGGAGGCACCUUGGCUUUGAAUGUUCUUGCUUAACUCGGGUUGAAAAAGUGGUGACGGCGGGGAUUUCUCUCUCCCCCCCCUCCUCCCGAAACCCCUAAAUUUGAGCGUUGCUCUCGUUUCUUAACUUAUUGUUGGUGGUGGGUUUGAGAGGCGUCCCGUUUUGUUCCAGCGUUUCAGGCCGAAGGGGAGCCAAACGUAGAAUGUAUCUGUAGCUUUAAUCAUUUUGACUUUUCAUCUUUUAACACUGAUCAACAGGAGUUCUCAGUCUUUUCCCUUGGAAGGCGGCGUACAAAAUACGACACCUUUCACGAUUUUUAUUGGGGUUGAUUUAGUCUUUCACCAGGUUUGUUGCAGUGACCUGAUUUUUUUUGUUUGUUUGUUUGUUUGUUUUAAAUUCUAGAGAGACUUAACAGAUUUUUUUUUUUUUUUUUUUUGGUGAUUUGAAAACAAUUGUGAUUAUUUUAAGAUACCAAAGGUGGUGGGUUUUGGGGUUUUUUUGUUUUGUUUUGUUUUGUAAGAAAUAAAAAUCUUUCAAAUCUCUA